ACUUUUCGGCAGCUGCCGGGGAGUCGGCGAGUGCAAUGGUUGUUGGCUGUCGGUAGGUCGGUCAGUGUGGAGAGGAGCCUCCCGGCUGCCGAGAUGACCAACUCUUCGCCCGGCUGGGACUGCAGGAGCGGCAGGCAGCAGGGCGGUGACAACCUGGCCGAACUCGACUGGUAUCACUACAACCUCUCUCGCCAUGCUGCUGAGGCCCUCCUCCUGUCCAACGGCAAAGAUGGAAGCUACCUUCUAAGGAAAAGUCAUGAUGCCCCGAAUCUUUACGCACUGUCGGUAAGAGGCAAAGAUUCGGUCAAACACUUCCAGAUUGAGUGGAGUAGAGGCUCGAUUAAAUUUGGAUUUAGUGAAUUUCAUUCUCUAUCAGAGUUUGUCAGUCACUUUGCCAACCAGCCAUUGAUUGGAAGCGAAACAGGAACGCUUCUUGUACUUAAAAGUCCGUAUCCUCGACAAGUGGAAGAGCCCUCCAUUUACGAAUCUGUCCGGGUCCACACGGCCAUGCAGACAGGACGCACUGAGAACGAUCUCGUUUCCAAGGCUCCUUCACUGGGGACCAAAGAAGGCUACCUUACGAAACAAGGAGGCAGAGUCAAGACCUGGAAAACCAGGUGGUUUAUUUUACAUAGGAACGAACUGAAGUAUUUCAAGGACAAAAUGUCUACAGAACCAAUCAAGACGCUGGAUCUAACUGAAUGCACUGGGGUACAAUUUGACUACUCACAGGAGAGGAUUAACUGUUUCUGUUUAGUAUUUCCUGAAAGAACAUAUUAUAUGUGUACAAAGACGGGGAUUGAAGCUGAUGAAUGGAUCAAGUUAAUACGAUGGAAACUGUCUCAAAUGAAGAAGGCUGCAAAAACUUAAACCAGCAAGAAUUUCCUCCAGAACAGAGGUGGCUUUUGAUGAACUUCAAUUAACAGGAAAAUCUGUUAAUCUUGCUAUAGUUUUACUUUCACAAAGUUAUACCAAGAUUCUUUGCCCAUUAAAAACAUUGGGGCCCUUUGCUAGAGGAAUAGAAUUCAACGGCAGGUGUUAAACUUGGAACCCACAUUUAUGCAUGUUUCCGUAUUACAAAAGGAUGCAAUAAUAUUUGAAAAAAUAUACAACCUGGAGUGUGUACCACCAGCAGGUGACUGCGAAAAUGGAAAUUGCUACAGAUGUGUGCAUUAAUGGUGAAGCAGUAUAUUUGCAUGGAGAAACCUUUGUGUGGCGCACAAACAAAAUUUGUUCCUGUAAAAUUAUUGUAGAUAUUAUUGGUUAACCAGGAGAAAGAUCGAAGCAGUAUGUUACCCAUCUAUAACUGUCUUUUCCAGUCACACAUCUACAUAUGCAAGACUCAGCUUGAUAAAUGUUUCUUAAUUUAAAUUAUUUAAUCUCAUCAGCUCACAUUUGCUGGUUUUGCAUAAUGUUAAGAAUGUGUUUAAAGGAAAAAGAAUUUUUGUUUUAAAAAUUAACAUUUAUAAAGGUUGAAACUCUGUGGUCUGGCCUUCUGUGCUUGGGUAUGUUUUGAAUCUGGCAGCUUAGUUUACAGAGCAGCCAUCAGGAUGGCUGUGUUAGCAAUUUGGAUUAGCAAAGUUUGAGGUAUGGAAUAAAAAUUUACUCUUAUGGAAUUUAUGAAAAAAUAAUAUACACAGAGUUAAACUAAUUUAUCAAGGAUGCAGGCUGCUGGCUCAAAGCAGGAGGCCACUUAAGUGAUUUGCUUUGGAAACAGACAAGGCAAUCUCUUUUAUUGAUGUUUGUAGGCUGCUGGUUUAUAGAGGAGGCUGUGCAGAAUGAACUGGCAAGGCUAUGGGUUAGACAUAGCGGAUUCUUGGUGCACUUUCUGUGGCCCAGACAAUAAACUGGACUUUGACCAACCAGAGAGUUUCGACCUGUGUUUCCAUUGUGCUCAUUGGAACUAAGUCAUUGAAUAACUAUCAGCUGAAAAUAAAAUACCAUUUUCUGAA